CUGUGUGUCACCUCAUCUGUCAAAGUCUCACACUUACAUAACAGCAGCCUUUUAUCAGUCCACUGUUUUUAAGACAGGAGUGUUUUCCAAGAAAAUACGCUUCAGUGGCUUAAAUGCAAAAUGUUUAGGAGAACAAGUUAUUGAUGAUAGUUUCUCAGAGGCUCAACAACUCAAUGAGAUCAACACCUUCAAACUAAAUAUGCAACAACUCCAGGUACCAGGUUCUGCUCGCAUCAGGCGCUACUCAGAGAAUAUGACACUGCCGGACUCUUUCAUCCAACGCCAGGAGCUGGAUGCCAGCAUGGCUGACACCUUCCUGGAGCAUCUCUGUCUGCUGGACAUCGACCAGGAGCCAAUCACAGCGCGCAACACCAGCAUAAUCUGCACCAUCGGUCCUGCAUCCCGGUCCGUCCCCAAACUCCAAGAGAUGGUCAAGGCUGGAAUGAAUAUCGCUCGUCUAAAUUUCUCUCACGGCUCACAUGAAUAUCACGGUGAAACCAUCAAAAACAUCCGAGAGGCGGUGGAGACGAUCACCUCUGACCCCUUGUAUUAUCGGCCGGUUGCCAUCGCCUUGGAUACGAAGGGUCCAGAGAUCCGCACUGGAUUAGUGAAAGGGAAAGUGGAGGAGGAGGUGGAGCUGGAAAAGGGCAACCAUGUCCGUGUGGUGACAGCAGAGAGUGACAAAGACAAGACAGAUGGGAAGGUUAUCUGGGUGGACUACCCCAGCCUGCCCAAAGUCCUCGAUAAGGGAGGCAAGAUCUACAUUGAUGACGGCCUCAUUGCACUCAAAGUACUGGAAACAGGCUCUGACUGGGUGGACACGGUGGUGGAAAACGGUGGGCUGCUGUCCAGUCGUAAAGGUGUUAACCUCCCCGGCUGCGACCUCAUCGGCCUGCAGGCAGUCAGUGAGCGAGACGAGGCCGACCUGAGGUUCGGGGUGGCGCAGGGUGUAGACAUAGUGUUCGCCAGCUUCAUCCGCUCUGCCCAGGAUGUCAAAGAUGUGCGGCGAACUCUUGGGGCACACGGACGACACAUCAAAGUGAUCAGCAAGGUGGAGAGCCGGCAAGGUGUUCAGAACUUUGAGGAGAUCCUGGCUGAGAGCGACGGCGUGAUGGUUGCCAGGGGCGACCUAGGGAUCGAGAUCCCGGCCGAGAAAGUCUUCAUCGCCCAGAAGAUGAUGAUUGGACGAUGCAACUCUGCCGGCAAGCCCGUCAUCUGUGCCACGCAGAUGCUUGAGAGCAUGGUUGCACACCCACGGCCAACCAGAGCAGAGGGCAGUGACGUCGCCAACGCCGUGCUGGAUGGAGCUGACUGCGUAAUGUUAUCUGGGGAGACCGCCAAGGGACUGUUUCCUGUGGAGGCAGUGGCAAUGAUGCACUCGAUAUGCAGGGAGGCAGAGGCGGCCAUUUUCCACCAGCAGCUGUUUGAGGAGUUGCGUCGUCUCACUCCGCUCUCAUCUGACCCCACAGAGGUCACAGCCAUCGGAGCUGUAGAGUCCUCCUUCAAAUGCUGUGCUGGGGCCAUCAUAGUCCUCACCACCAGUGGCAGAGCGGCACAUCUCCUGUCCAGGUACCGCCCUCGCUGUCCUAUUAUUGCCAUCACCAGAAGCCCUCAGGUGGCUCGUCAGUCUCAGCUGCUAAGAGGAGUGUUUCCUGUCCUCUUCCACCCUCUGCCCGCUCCCGUCUGGGCCGAUGAUGUAGACAACAGGGUCAACUUCGGCAUGGAUAUAGGGAAAGCCAGAGGAUUCUUCAAGUCAGGCGACAUGGUGAUUGUGGUGACGGGCUGGAUCCCAGGGUCGGGUCACACCAACAUUAUGAGGGCGGUCAAUGUCCCGUAAAAACCUGACUUUACUUGACUUAAAAUCUGACUGACAUGCUGACGAUAAAAACCUAAGAACCACCCCUUUAAAAUAGAAUAGCGACCACAGUCACUCAUAGAUUAAGAAAAGUAUUUUAUCAGCAUCAUUGUUAUUUAAACAUUAUACAGAAACACUUGCCACAGGUACUCUUCUCAUAAAUGUUGCGUGUCUUGAAAACGAUGACUCCCUCCAAAUAAAACUUGAACCAUUAAGUUUAACGCACUGUUCUUCUAUUUAAUGCAGAGAUUUAAAGCUUCACUAAUUGAGCUGUCCAUUCUCCUCCGUUUUCAUCUGCUUUAUUUGUGGGAGUAAUAUUGAAAAUGAACAUCGUCUCUUUGCCUCUUUGUUGAAGCAUAUCAUUAUUGGUAGCCUUUAUAAAAAGUGAAGAUAAGGCUUUCAUUCCUGUCCAUAGUCCUGAGCUUAUCUCUCUGACGGCACUAUUCUUUCGGCUAUGAUGAGCCGUGCCGAGAGAUGCAGAGAUGACGGGUACUGAACUACAUCCUUUUGUCCACUGAGAUGACCCAGAUGCCGACAUCUGCCGACUGUUCUCUCGUAAACUAAUUAUAUAUCUGCUCCUGCUUUCUCAUGUCUGACGAUCCUUUAUUUGACGUCCUCGCCUUUCUUCUGCAGGCAUCCUCCUUCUUUAGUGUUUCCUCUUCAGCUCCAAUGCACCUCAUCUCCUCCUGCCUUAGAUUACCUAUUCU